GGUGUGACGCCGGUGCGCACACGACAGAACGGCGUGCACCGGCGGGACUAGGGGAGGGCCCACGGGCGGGGUGACGCGCCCUGCCCACCCACUAUCUCGCGUGUGUGUGUGUAUGUGUGUAGCAGUCUGUCUGGCUGCAGCAGUCCGCAGACAGACAGGCAGUCGGCGGGGCCGGACCGGGCUUUUAUAACGGUGGAAGUAUCCGAGCAGCCAGAGCCCAGGGGCGGCCGGUGGGAGGAGGCAGAGAGUCCGCAGCUGCCGCACCGCACAGCCUCUUUGAAACCCGCAAGAGGAAGGAGCCGCCUGCACCAAACGAUGUCCACGGAGCUGUCAGAAGACCGGGACCGCGCCGGGUUGGGAGAACAGGCGACAGGCGGACACACCACGCUGACCGACAUCUGCAGCGGCACGGCAGGCGGCAGGAUGGCAUCCAUCGCUGAAUACUACGCCGGCAAGAACGUGCUGAUCACGGGAGCCACGGGCUUCAUGGGGAAAGUGCUGGUGGAGAAGCUGCUGAGGUCAUGCCCCGAGGUCAAGGCUCUCUACCUGCUGGUCAGACCCAAGGCUGGUCAGUCGAUGCAGCAGAGGGUCAGCGACAUGAUGACGUGCAAGCUUUUCGACCGCGUGCGGGAGGACAACCCCGACUUCCACCAGAAGAUCAUCCCCAUCAGCAGCGAGCUGGUGCAGCCGGGCCUCGCCAUCAGCCCGGAGGACGUGGAGAAGCUCACCGGCUGCAUCAACAUCGUCUUCCACUGCGCCGCCACCAUCCGCUUCGACGAGCCGCUCAAACACGCCCUGCAGCUGAACGUGAUCGCCACGCAGCAGCUCCUCAGCCUGGCCAAGCAGAUGCACCACCUCGAGGCCUUCAUUCACAUCUCCACCGCCUAUGCAAACUGCAACCGCAAGCACAUCGACGAGGUCAUCUACCCGCCGCCCGUCGAGCCCAAGAAGCUCAUCGAGUCUCUCGAGUGGAUGGACGAUGGCAUCGUGCGUGACAUCACACCGCGGCUCAUCGGCGACAGGCCCAACACGUACACCUACACCAAAGCCCUGGCCGAGUUCGUGGUGCAGCAGGAGCAGGACAAGCUCAACAUCGCCAUCAUCAGACCCUCCAUCGUGGGAGCCAGCUGGCAGGAGCCUUUUCCCGGUUGGAUCGACAACUUCAACGGACCAAGUGGAGUCUUUAUAGCUGCUGGAAAGGGGAUCUUGCGCACCAUGAGAGCCAACAACGACGCCGUGGCCGACCUGAUCCCCGUGGACGUGGUCAUCAACCUCACCCUGUCUGCCGGCUGGUACACCGCCGUGCACAAACCCAAAUCAGCUCUGGUGUACAACUGCACGACCGGCGGCAUCAACCCGUUCCACUGGGGAGAGAUCGAGCACCAUGUGAUGUCGUCCUUCAAGAGGAACCCUCUGGAGCAGGCGUUCCGCAGGCCAAACGCCAACAUCACCUCCAACUACCUGAUCAACCAGUACUGGAUCCUGGUCAGCCACAAGUUCCCCGCCCUCAUCUACGACCUCUUCCUUCGACUCUCUGGACAGAAGCCGCAGAUGAUGCGCAUCUUUAACCGUCUGCACAAGGCCAUCAGCCUGCUGGAGUAUUUCAGCAGUCAGGACUGGGAGUGGAACUCGGAGAACUUGAACAUGCUGAUGAGCCAGCUCACCCCGGAGGACAGGAAGAUGUUUAACUUCGACGUGCGCCAGCUGAACUGGCCCGAGUACAUUGAGAAUUACUGCAUCGGCACCAAGAAGUACGUCCUGAAUGAAGACAUGUCCGACAUUCCUGCUGCCAGGCAGCAUCUGAGGAAACUGAGGAACAUCCGCUACACCUUCAACACCCUGCUGGUGGUCUUCAUCUGGAGGGUGUUUAUCGCCCGCUCCCAGAUGGCCAGAAACAUCUGGUACUUUGUGGUCAGCCUCUGUUUCAAGUUUCUGUCCUACUUCCGCGCAUCCAGCACCUUAACCAACUGAGUCUUCCAGGCCGCCUCAAGCCAGAAACAGCAGCGCUCACCCUCACAUCCGAGACUCUGACCAUCUACAAAGAACGCUCUAAAUCCUCCUUUGAGUGUGGAUUAUAAAGGAAGCUCUCUACAGGUGGGGGCUGCAGUUGAGUGAAGCACUCAGAAGGGGAAAAAAGAGGUCUACUAGCCAUGAAUUAUUUGUUUAGUUCCUGUCAUCAGUACAUGCACUGUUCAGUCAUCAGACCCCGUCCAGAAAAAAAAAGUGUUAUCAUUUUGUACCUACUGUUUUCCUCUCAAAGUGGCCAAUUAUAUAUGCAACAACAAGCCUUUUGUGUGACUUCCAUUUUUCUUUCCCACGUCAUCGUUUCCAUCCUCUUGAAUCUCGGUACAUCGCCUUGCCUUGUGAUAAUUUUUUUUCAUACUUGAAAUAUGGCAGCGCUUCAGUGGAGGGCGAUUUCUAUACGAUAAUUUUUUGUUUUCUACUGUGGAGAUAUCCAACUCCUCUCUUUAAUACGCAGGUGAUUUGGAUAUCUGUAUGUCUUGCGUUACGUGUAUCUACCGCCUUUCUAAGAUUACACCCCCGAAAAAGACUAAGUGGUGGUUCUGUCUCAAGGCCAAUCCACAGAUUAUUGAGAUGAGUAUUAAAGCUGAUUCUUACCACACCAAGACAACUUAUCACUUUUUAAACCAAAACAUACAGAUCUGCCAUCGUCCCUGCUUUUGACUUUUAACUAUCACUUUGAACGUAAACCUUGUUUGUUUGAAUGCUCAUCCACUUUUUGCCUGUUUGUACAGCAGUUUGUACUGAAACUAAGUUUACUACUUUUACAUCUUUAUACUUGCGUCAAAGGCUAGUCUGAUAUAUGUGGUAGACCUUGGCAGUGUAUUAUAUAUAUAAAUAAGAGUAUACAUCAGAGUCGAGUUUAUUUGUAUAGCCCAGUAUCACAUCCUGUACAAUGUCUCCCAACCGAACCCAAGUUUUCUAGGACAAACUCGCUCAAAGCCCAAAAGUAAUUGGGGUUGAAGUCAGAGCCAUAAGUGGGAAAAUUAAACUAACAUGAAGUUGGAUAUACCAAUUGGAUUCUAAAUGGUCCAAUGCUAAUGUUGUGAACCCAAAAUUAAGGAGUCCAAGGAAUGGGUCCAGUUAAAGAAGUCCAAAAUCAAUGAUCCAUGUCAGAAUUGUAGGUAUGUGGUGUUUUGGGGGACCAAGCUAAGAUGUAGGAGUCCUCGCUCCAGGACGUGCCUCUCACCGUUACAUUUAUCCAUCCAUUUCUCCUUGAAAUAAUUACCUGGAGAGGUCAGAAAAUCCCAGGAGGUUGUUUAAGAACCCUUACGUGUUGUUUUGAAGUAUUUCUAGAAAACUUCAGGUUCCUAAUAAGAUUUAUUUUAGUUCUUGAGGCAGGCCUCUGGAUACUGAAAAGGUUGUGAGGUCUGUUAGAUAUGUCUGAGAAAGAUCAUAUGUUUAUAUGUUAGGGUAGAUCAUAAAAAUCUGGCAGUGGAAAGCUGGCAGCAAAUCAUCAGAUUAACUGUUAAUUACUGCUAACUGUAGCUGCCCUAAGCUAGUUAGCUGAGUUAGCCUGUGUUUACAGAACUUGCACAGGAGUUUGGGACCAGGCGGAGAUGGGGCUAGCUUGCUAGCAUGCUAACUUCAGUCGAUAUCUUUGCAACGCAGUACGUAAACAUCAUAAUAUCAAAAUUGCUAGUUAUUCACAAUUCAAUUGAUAAUUCUUUUUUUAUAAUUAUCUCACGUAUAGCCACUUUCUGUAUGUAAGAAAAGCAAGAUCUUUCUCAGACAGCUAGUAAACAUGGAAGAGCGUGAAGCGAUCAUGACAGCUGAUUUAAAUGUAGAGUUCAGUGUCAUCUGCAUAGAAUGUAUUCACACAAUGGACAUUUUCCUCCUGGGUGGGAAACUUGAAUUCUAGGAUAAUAUAAUACUAUAUGUUCCAGGUUGCAAGUCGAAUAAACAUAGGUAAUCUGACAAAUUAUUUUACAGCUUUCCAAUUCAUCAGCACCUGAAAAGAUGAUGGAUUUACCUUUUUUUUUUUCACGGUAAAACAUCAUGUAUGAAAACUUGUUUGCUGAGUUUUGGCAUCUAGCUAGUAUUACUGUUUAGUCACCUCUGGGUUUAGACAAAUGUCUCUAAGAUGUCGCAUCUUAUAUCGCAUCAAAACGUUAACGUUAGCUACAUUAGCUGUUGUCUAAAUGGAAGAUUAUCGUUUAUCAAACCUGUAGUUCCUUGAUUUAGAACAUUUGAGCUUCCUACCCUGAGUGCAACCACAGAUGAAAAUGUCCGCUGUGUGAAUAUGUUCUACUGAAGCAGAGAUUCACGCUGCAGCUGUACAUGAUUCUUCCAAACAAAAGAAUAUUGUGAAAGGUAGUGGACCGAGUCUAGAACCCUGAGGGACACCACACCUUAUCUGAUGGAGAGAUGGACUACUAUUCUUGACCUGUGACCUGUUGGUCUGGACUCAAAUCACAAAAGUGCGAGGUUAUUAGCGAGGGAGUCCUGGUGUUCCAUCCUUUACCCGAGUUUUGAAGAUCUGUAAAUAGUUGAACUACAUAUUAUUCUUAUAGAGUACCAAAAAAUUGUAUUUGACUGUUGAUUUUUGCUUGGUGAGUGUCUUCACAGGAUUCCACCACAGAGCUUCCCACAGAGUCUACCAAAAGUGUUAAAUGUGACAGGCAAGUCUGAUUUUUACUAAACAAACGAGGAAAAAACUGUGUACAGUAUUGUAUGUAUUGACUCUUGAAAGAAUACAAAUACAUAACAGUUAUGAGCAUUUAUGGGAGAAAAGGGACAAAACUAAAUAAAUGUUUAUGCAAAGCCCGUGUCUGUGGUGUAGUCAUGGUAACUGUCUUCUCACUUUUCAGAGUCGUAUGAGGCCUGUAUGAUGAAACGGUUUCGUCAGAUUUGUUCCUACAGAGCUUACAGGGCUUUUCGUUUUUGCUCUUCUUUGUGUCCUGUUUGACCGAAUUUGCAAACCAAAUGCAGAGCACUGCUCGGUUACUUCAUCUUAUACUUUCUGGUGUCAUUUGCAAAAUGUUUGAGCACCUUCAUUCCCUUCUGCUCUGACAACACUUCAAGUCUGCUUGGCAAAACUGAAAUAAAAUAAAAAGAGAAAAAGUGAA